AGUACAGAAGUCGGCGCAAUUAGACGAGUCAAAGAGAGGCUCAGGAGCUCACCAACAGCGCUAUGGACGGCGAAGGAACAGAACUCGUAGAGGCCUAUGACUACCUCUUCAAAUUCAUAGUCAUAGGAGAAGCGGGAACAGGCAAAUCAUGUCUACUGUACCACUGCAUUCACGAGCAUUUCAAGACAAACUCUCCACAUACCAUUGGCGUCGAGUUCUCUAGUAGAACAUUACGUAUAGGAGACAGAAAUAUCAAACUACAGCUAUGGGACACAGCUGGACAAGAGAGGUUCAGGUCGGUAACCAGAUCGUAUUAUAGGGGUGCCGCAGGCGUUGUGCUGGUGUAUGAUAUCACAUCACGGCAAUCGUUCAUGAACCUCGGCAGAUGGCUAGCAGACUGUAGAGCAUUGGCUUCACCUCAUUUGGUGGUAGUCUUAGUAGGCAACAAGCUGGACAGGGAAGAAGAGAGAGAAGUGGAAUACUCGGAGGGUUCCAGAUGGGCACAGGAGAACAAUCUCAUAUUUGUGGAAGUAUCAUCCUACACUGGUGAAAACGUUCAAACCCCCUUCCUCCUCGCCAGCCGCACAAUCCUCUCUUCCAUCGAUGCUGGAACCCUCGACCCAGAUCUUGCUGGUACAGGCGUCAGUUAUGGCGAGCGCCAACUACGUGCUGUGGGAAGCGUUUCAAGGCUUGGCGGGGCAUUUGGGUCGACGAGGAGAAAGAGACGGGGGGACAGCGUUAGUCUGCGAGAGAUGGUUGGCGAAGGGCGCUGUAGCAAUUGCUAGGGCCAGGGAUAUAGAUAGGACGUGACUUGUUGUAUACAGUAUGGGUCUUCCGGAGGGUAUGUACAUAUAGAGAUGAGAAGGGGGCUGCGUUGUCCCCUUUCAUGAUCUUUACUCGAAAUAAUACUUUGUGUCCUCUCUCAUAAUCGGCGUUCGGCCUGCCUCCACUUAAUGCCGAAGAUAUGGACUGUAACUCUCCGUGCAAGAUACUUUAUGCAUCGGAUCGGAACGCUGG